AUGGAAGUGACCACGGUUGAGGAGUUAAGCAUCCCUCUGGCUGCCAAGAAAGGAAACAAGAGUUCUGCUUCCUCAGAACAGUGCAGGGAGGAGAUGGGAAUGGUUUUGGGAUCUAACGGAGGCCUUGGUGGUGCUGAGUUGACGGAGAUGAAAGAAAAUUUAGGACGUGAAGAUGUGCGGGUCAGCUCCCCGCCCCUCACACAGGGUCUCUCCUUCAUCACCUUUGUCUGCUAUGUGGCGUCCUCAGCAUCCGCCUUCCUCACCGCGCCCCUGCUGGAGUUCCUGCUGGCCCUCUUCUUCCUCUUUGCUGAUGCCAUGCAGUUGAAUGACAAGUGGCAGGGCUUGUGCUGGCCCAUGAUGGACUUCCUACGCUGUGUCACAGCGGCCCUCAUCUACUUUGCCAUCUCCAUCACAGCUGUUGCCAAAUACUCAGAUGGAGCUUCCAAAGCAGCCGGGGUGUUUGGCUUUUUUGCCACUAUCGUGUUUGCAGUUGACUUCUACCUGAUCUUUAACGACGUGGCCAAAUUCCUCAAACAAGGUGGCUCUGCAGACGAGACCACAGCCAACAAGGAGGAAGAAGAGAAUUCCGACUCGGACUCCGACUGAAGGGCUGCCCUGCCCUGGCAACCCGAGCCAUGCGGGCCUUACUCCUGCAUUUCUGACCGGCUGGCCGGAGUGUAACCUGGGGACCGAGUGUUGUUGAGAGGAAGGCUGUGACCUCUCGAAAGGAGCGGGCCUCCUUACAGCCCCGAGGUGACAUUUCUGAGCCCAACACACAAGACAGGGUCCCUUGGCUUAGCCUAUCUAACCACUCUGCACAGGAGGGCAUCGUGAAUAUUCCGCCACUCCUCAUUUCUGUUCCCCAGUCCUUAAGCCCUUAACCUCUCUGCCAGAAAUAAGCACAAAGGGACAAAGCCAAGAGAGCAUUGUUACCCCCAUCCCAGGGAUAGUUCAUGCCGAGGGGGGUGGGUAGGGGGUCACAGGAUGAUGGAAGACAGACAGAAACCACCAGGGGCCAACCGCCAGCCCCCCAGGCCCCAGCGACUUUUGUCUGCAUUUGGUGCCCCUGCUCACACCAGGCACUUUGUUGAGAAUGAUCUUUCCAAGAUUCUUUGUUCCAAGGAGCACCACCUCCUUCAUCCAUUAAGCAGGGAGAAAACUGGCCUCCGCUUUAUCUUAGUGCCCUUAACUGACACCUCACACCCGUGGAAACCAUGUCUUCUUCAGGUGACAUGACUAUUCUGGGUCUAAGACCAAUUCAAAGAAAAGCUUGUAACAUAGCUUACCAGGUCCAAAAGAUCAAGGGCACCAAACGAUGAAAUAGCAGCAACAGAGUCCUGGGAGGCUGGGCAGGCCCAGCCAAAGCCUCCUUCCCUGAGGACCCACCAGCAGGCAACAGGCUCUUGGGCGCUCAGGACGAUGUGCUUCUAGACACCAGAGCAGGUCUCCCGACACCUCACCAGAGGUGAAACGUGCCUUUUGUAUUCAUAAGGACCUAUGCUGUGUAUAUAUCUUAACGGGAUUUUGUAACUUUAUAUAAUUUUUUUAUACAAAAGCAGCUUCUUAAAUAGCAUUUCCUGUGACUCAAGAGGCCUUGUAAAAUGAGCCAGAGUUCUGGACCCAUUUGGGGGCAUUUGUAACUUUUGUUUUUCUCUUGCAUGUGAAUCUCCUACCCUGAAAAAAGCCAUAAUGAAUUAAACCAGACUGACUACCUGC